AUGGCCAUACACGACACCGACACAAGCCAACAACAAUCCGAGACAAGCCCUCUCCUCGGCCAAGACGAGCAGAAUGGCCAGGCGGUCGACCCAGAAAACACACAACCGUCCCCGGACAGCGGAGCCAGCGAGAUCGCCUUGGCCGAAGAGCCUAGCACCAAGAAACUCGUCGCCAUAAUGGGCGCGAUAUGGACCGGCGUGUUCUUCGCAGCAUUAGAUACCACCAUUGUCGCGACACUCACCGCGCCCAUCUCCUCAUCCUUCGACUCCCUAAGCCUCCUGUCGUGGUUGGCGACAGGAUAUCUGAUCGCCAACUCCGCGUGCCAACCACUCUCCGGCAAAUUGACCGAUAUUUUCUCCCGCCGUUACGGCCUGCUGUUUUCCAAUGUCUUCUUCGCCGCAGGCACCCUGAUCUGCGGGCUUGCACCCAACGCGCAGACCAUCAUCGCCGGACGUGUCAUUGCAGGUAUUGGUGGCGGUGGCCUCUCCUGCAUAACAACCUUCGUAACCUCGGACCUGAUUCCCCUACGCCGACGGGGCCUAUGGCAGGGCUACGGCAACCUAAUAUUCGGCCUGGGCAUGGGUCUAGGCGGUGUGUUUGGCGGCCUGCUAUCCGACCGGCUCUCCUGGCGCUGGGCUUUUCUCCUGCAGGUUCCGUUCAUUCUCAUAUCGACGGUCAUGGUCUGGUUCCUGGUCGACAUCCCCGUGAACCCGAGCACGAAGCCCGCCCUGCGCCGCAUCGACUUUCUCGGCUCGUCGCUGCUGGUCGCAAGCUUGGUCCUGUUGUUGCUCGGACUGAACACCGGCGGGAACCAAUUACCUUGGAGCCAUCCACUGAUCAUCACGAGUCUGGUCUUGAGCAUCAUCAUACUAGCCACCUUCAUGGUCCUCGAGUCCAAUGAGAAAUGGAUCCCGGAACCCGUUCUACCGGUUGGGCUGAUCGUGCGCACUUGCACUGUCCUCUCGGCCUGUCUGGCAAACUGGUUCAGUACUAUGGCCGCGUUUCUGGCGCUGUACUAUGUACCCUUGUAUCUGCAGGUCCGCGGAUUGAGUGCAACGGCCGCCGGGUUGCGUGUCAUACCGUUCGCCGCGUGCACGUCAGUCGGCAGUCUGGGGUCCGGGUACCUCAUGCGCUCGACGGGCCGGUACUACUGGCAGAUGGUAGCCAUGAUGGCCGUGUUUGUGCUUGGCUCCGCACUGCUGUGCACCUUCCAGCUCGACACCCCGGCCUGGGCGACCUUCAUCUACGUCACGCCGCUGGGGCUCGGGUACGGCGCCAUGUUGACCAUCACAUUGGUUGCCAUGAUCAGCGCAGUCGACCAUCAGCACCAGGCGGUCAUCACGGCGGCGAGCUAUGCGUUCCGCUCGACGGGGUCGACGAUUGGCAUCACCAUCGCAAGUGCCGUGUUUCAGAACAUCUUGACCAAGGAGCUUCGUGACGAGUAUGGCGCCAUGCCCGGCAGUGAACGCGAGAUCCGCAGGAUCAGGGACAGCUUGCAAGGUAUAAAGCAUCUGCCCGCGGGCUGGGAUGAAGGUGUGGUGUAUGCUAUUUACAUGGACGCAUUGAGGGGCGCGUUCAUCGCAGGGCUGGGUCUGGCCGCCCUGGCCGCCGUUGCGGGAUUGGGUAUGAAGGAGCAUGUUUUGCACAAGAACCUGGCCAGGAAAUAGGACGGAUUGUGAUGGGAUACUAUAUGCUAGGUAGAUUGGGGAGACUCUGUUAAGAGGGUGACAACAACUAUUUGGAGGACAAAGGCAUCAAUGAGACAUCUUCUGACAAAACUCG